AAGAGAACCAAGAAGAAGAAGAAGAAGAAGAAUAUCAAUCCUCCUUUUCUCCAUUCUUUACAGAUACACACAUACAUAUAUAUACAAACUAAACAAUGAAUAGAGGAAGAGGCGGAUUCAGAGGUGGCCGUGGUGGUGGAAGACCAGGUGGUUUUAUUCAACAAGGUCCACCAGAUACCGUUUUAGAAAUGGGUGCAUUCAUGAAGGCUUGUGAAGGUGACAUCGUUUGUCGUUCUAUUAACGUUAAGAUUCCUUACUUCAAUGCUCCAAUUUACUUAGAAAACAAAACCCAAGUUGGUAAAGUGGAUGAAAUUUUGGGUCCAUUGAAUGAAGUAUUUUUCACAAUCAAGCCAUCUGAAGGUGUCAAGGCUGAUUCCUUUAAAGAAGGUGACAAAUUUUACAUUGGUCCAGAUAAGUUAUUGCCUUUAGAAAGAUUCUUACCAAAGCCACCUCAAGUUGGUCCAAAACCAAAGAGAAAGUCUGCUGGUGGUAGAGGUGGAUUCGGUGGUGACCGUGGUGGAAGAGGUGGUAGAGGUGGCUUCGGAGGCCGUGGUGGAUCCAGAGGUGGAUUUGGUGGUGGCCGCGGUGGCUCUAGAGGUGGCUUCGGCGGCCGUGGUGGAUCUAGAGGUGGCUUUGGUGGUGACCGUGGUGGAAGAGGUGGUAGAGGUGGAUUUGGCGGUCGUGGAGGUUCCAGAGGUGGAAGAGGUGGCCGUUUCUAAAAAAAACAUCUAUCUGAAUAACAUUAAACAUUCUGUAUAAUACAAUAUAUCGACUAGAAAAGUCUCUUUUUGUUUUGAUCAAUUCAUUCAAUGCAUAACAAGCUAUGUACAAGCAGUAAACUAUCUAAAGUAAUCCACAAUUUUGAAGAACGGAGCACCUUAUCUCUUUAGUACCAAAUGCUUCCGGGACAUAUUUAUUAACUCUGGCAUUUGUAAAGAAUAUCCUAGGAGACAACGCCAUUUCCAAGGUAUUAGAAUCAAAUAGGAUUUCCUUGUAGUAAUUCACGAUAUUUUCAUUAAUUUUUUCCACAUCUGGUUGUGACCCUUGUUUGAUUGAUUUUCUUGGUAUAAAUUUGUAAAUAACUUGAUCAACCUUGGUGAAGACCAAAUCAAAUGGAACACCCUCAUUCACUAGGUGGUCAACUAUAUACAUAUCUUCUUCUUUAACACCUUCAACUGAAUCUACCAACACCAACACUUUCUUAAGUUGAGUACGAUGACUUAUAUAGUCGAUAACUGCUUUCCCUUGUUUGUCAUCUCCAAAUCUACCAUACCCAGGACUGUCGACGAAUCGAAGCUUGCUUCCGAUAUUGAAACAGUUCAACGUUUUUGUAUAUCCAGCGCGAGAAGACACAUACGCCAAUUCCGCACUUUUGUUAACUCCCUUUUUAUUACCAACCAAUAAACUAUUUACCAAGGAGGAUUUGCCUACAUUAGUGUGUCCCAUGAUUAAUACCUCCGGAAGCGGACGUAAAUGCCUGGGAUUAAUUCCGAAUGACUUUUUGGAGUUUGCAAUAGUUUCAUCGUAUUCAGUUUUGUUAUAGGGGUCCAUUUCUUCGUAGCGUUCUUGUCUUGCUUUGGAAAGACGUUCAUACUUGACAUCCGGAAUCUCGUCAUAGUCUGCUAGUGUCCAUUCAAGUUCAACUUUCAGAUUAUUAAAGAAGGUUUGUGAUUUCGUUAUUUCAGGAGUUGUAAAUUGUUGGUAUUCAGGUGCUUUAAAGAUUUCAUUUAGCUUUGAAGGAGCAAUGAUUUCCUUUAUCCAUUCCUUUGACUUUUGUGGUUGGAUAGGUAUUUUCGGCUGUACCGGCUUGGGUAACGGAGGUAUUGCAGACACUAGGUAGUCUAUUGAUGCACACCUUCUGGAUAUCAAAGGUUUGAAAACGGUUAUACUCCUGGAUAUCAUUGGUGUCCUUGCUUGAAUUGACUGU